GUGCCAUGGGGACUGCAACUUAUCAAAUUAUGAAACAUUCACUGCAGCAGAAUGGAUCUUGGUCUCCUGGAGGAGGAGGCUAGGGGAGCACCCGUCACAGGUCUGACGGGGCCAGGUAGGACCUGCAGCCUCUCCCUCCUGGCCACCUCUGCCCUGAGUCAGGCACUGAGAAGUUAAUCUCCCUCUCUUGAAGCAGUCUUACCUCCUUCCAGACAAGUACUCUGUCCUGCUUCUGCCAGAAGGGCAAGGACCCCAUUGCCAUGAACUCUGUCAUCCCCAUCUGUGAGCUACCCAGCUGCUUGAAGAUGGAUGGGGAAUUGCUCAGCCCCCACACCGAUGGGCACGGCAGGAAGAGGGAUGGGCAGCCCAAGAGUCCCAGCAGCAGCAGCAGCAGCCACCUGGCCUAUAGUGUCUUGGACAUCCCACCGUGGUAUCUCUGCAUCUUUUUGGGGAUCCAGCACUUCCUCACAGCCCUGGGGGGACUCGUGGCAGUGCCACUCAUCCUGGCCAAGGACCUGUGCCUGCAACAUGACCCUCUGACCCAGAGCUACCUCAUCAGCACCAUUUUCUUCGUCUCUGGCAUCUGCACUCUCCUGCAGGUGUUUUUAGGGGUCAGGCUGCCCAUUCUCCAGGGAGGCACGUUUGCUUUUUUGGCACCCUCUCUGGCCAUGCUCUCUCUUCCAGCCUGGAAGUGCCCAGAGUGGACACUUAAUGCCAGCCAGGUGGACACCAGCUCUCCUGAAUUCACUGAGGAGUGGCAGAAGAGGAUCCGAGAGCUGCAGGGCGCCAUCAUGGUGGCUUCCUGUGUGCAGAUCCUGGUGGGAUUCUCGGGCCUCAUUGGCUUUCUCAUGCGCUUCAUCGGCCCCUUGACCAUUGCUCCGACCAUCUCCCUGGUGGCCCUGCCACUCUUUGAUUCUGCAGGCAAUGACGCCGGAAUCCACUGGGGGAUCUCCUCCCUGACCAUCUUCCUCAUCGUCCUGUUUUCCCAGUACCUGAAGAACGUCUCGGUGCCUGUGCCUGUUUAUGGAGGAUGGAAGAAGUGUCGCACCGCCAAGUUCUACAUGUUUCAGGUCUUCCCUGUGCUGCUGGCCCUCUGCCUGUCCUGGCUCCUGUGUUUCGUGCUCACCGUCACGGACACCCUCCCCUCAGCCCCCACCGCCCACGGGUACCUGGCCCGCACCGACUCCAGAGGCAGCGUCCUGAGCCAGGCCCCUUGGUUUCGCUUCCCUUACCCAGGACAGUGGGGCCUCCCGACCAUCAGCCUGGCUGGGGUCUUCGGGAUCAUCGCCGCCGUGAUCUCCUCCAUGGUGGAGUCCGUGGGCGAUUAUUACGCCUGUGCCCGGCUGGUGGGGGCCCCACCCCCUCCGAAGCAUGCCAUCAACCGCGGCAUCGGCAUCGAGGGCCUUGGCUGUCUGCUGGCGGGGGCCUGGGGGACAGGGAAUGGCACCACCUCCUACAGUGAGAACAUCGGGGCACUGGGCGUCACCAGGGUGGGGAGCAGGAGGGUGAUCGUUGCUGCGGGCUGUGUGCUGCUCCUGAUGGGUGUAUUUGGGAAGAUCGGGGCUGUGUUUGCCACCAUCCCAACCCCUGUGAUCGGAGGCUUGUUCAUCGUCAUGUUUGGGGUCAUCGGUGCCGUGGGGAUCUCCAAUCUGCAGUACGUGAACAUGAACUCGCCCCGGAACCUCUUCAUCUUUGGCUUCUCCAUCUCCUGUGGGAUGGCCAUUCCCAGCUGGGUGAACAGGAAUCCUGAGAAGCUGCAGACAGGAAUUCUCCAGCUGGACCAGGUCAUCCAGGUGCUGCUCACCACAGGCAUGUUCAUAGGGGGAUUUCUGGGCUUUCUCCUGGACAACACCAUCCCAGGAAGCCAGGAGGAGCGAGGCCUGCUGGCCUGGGCUCAGAUCCACAAGGAGUUCGGGGACACGCUGCAGGCUGCAGAGGUCUACAGUUUGCCCUGGGGUGCCGGCACUCGGCUCUGCACCUGCCCCUGCACCCGCACACUGCCCUUCUGGCCUGGGCCGGACAGAGAAAGGCACCAGCUGAGUUGCCCUUUGGCCCUAGACACCCUUGGCAGAGUCCCUGCAGGGUGCUCCAGAGACCAGCAUCAGAGGACAGCUGGCCCCCCACACCAGGCUGCCCUCGAGGGUUGAUCCAGGUCACGCCCAGGGCCUGAGGCCCGAGGCCCGAGGUCACCACAGGCCACAGUGCAUCCUUCUGCUGCUCUCCCAACUCCAGCUUGGACCAGCUUGCUGGGGUCCAGCAGAACUCUGCUUUUCCACCAAGCAGCAUUGUGAUUGGUUAGAAGGAAGAGGAGCCAGGCGAUGGGGCUGUUUGCUGAAAAGUGACACAACACAAGUCUCUUUCCCAAAGAGGUGGCGGGGCCCUGGGGCCUUGCCAUCCUCACCUCGCAAUCCUUCCACUGAGGCUUGUGUCCAGCAGCGUGUAGAGCACCCCGACUGUCCUGCACCUCCUCCCAGUUUCUGGGGACCCAGUGCCUCCCAGCUUAUUGAGGCAGAACAGUGGCUUAGCUCUGUUCUGCCUGUGGCUCCCAUAUCUUCCCACUUCUCUUCUGCCUCCCCUCCAGGAGUGAACGGGACCUAGAGACCCCAGAGCCAUGGGGUACUUGGCCAACAGACCCCUUCCAGUAGGACAAGGGUAACCAGGUCAAGGGAGCCAGGUUCUGGUAUGGCAUCUAGGAGUGCAGUGAGAUGGGAGGGAAGGCCUGAGGCUCCCCCUGGGGCAUUUCCAUAUUUCUUCUGUUGCUGCCCCACAAUGCCGUGCAGCCUUUCGGGCUACAUCAGGUGCCCACAGCUACCCUAGGAGAUGCUUGCUUUGACUGCGGCAGGCUUCAGAUGAGGACAUGUUCCAGAUGGUGGUUCUGUCCCUCUGCAGCCUUCCUUGGUCAGGUUCAUGAGGGGUCCCACCCCUACCCAUGACCAAACAAAGUCUGAUACUGCACAAGAGCAAGCUGGCCUCAUUUCCUUCCUAAGCAACCGCCAUACCCUUCAAAGAUUCAGUCUGUGUGCUGUUCCCCCUUACGCUGUAGCACAGUUUCUAAUAAAGCCUCUUUCUGUAUGGCA